UCACAAUUAUUCACAAUGGCCUUUUGAUGUGUUGCUGAAAGUCAGAAAAAAAUCAACAUAUCAACAUGCUGUACCCUGCAUAACUGUGACCAGUGGACCCAUCGUGUUUGUGGAGUCGGAUUUUCGGUGGCCCGUUAUAGAAAAUUUGCCAGACUGAAGAAGACGUCCCUUCGCUGUGUGAAAUGCGUUGCUCCCGUCAUUGAAGAGGUGAUCGGUAACUUUGAUGUCAGUUUCCAGUCAGAAGAUGCUGAAGAAAUGAGAGUACAAGACCUAUCGGAAAUUCACAUUACGGCUUCAGAUGUACUCUUAGAAGACGAAGGACGAAGAUGACCCUAAGAAGUAACUAUUUUAUGAUGUCACCAUGCUGGAGCCCCCUUCUGCCGACAUACCAGAGAAUGAGACAGGGUCGCAGAAGGGCAAAAAGAAGCUUGUGGAUUAUUAUGGAUUCACGUAUGUCGUUCGGGUAAAUAUAUUAAUACUUGUUUUUAAACACAAACAUGUAGCCUACAUUGAGGAUGAUGUCAUACACAAGUUUGUCAGGAAAAUCAUAACACACCCCUUUCUACCAGCAGCCGACAUCACCAGGAUGUUUUUGAGGAUAAUAGAGCGUGUCCCGGCCACUGGCAAACUGCUUGAUCUCAUAAACUACUUUCAAGCCCAAUGGAUUGCUCAUCCCACCUUCUCUCCCAGAUCCUGGUCUGUGUUCAACAUAGCUGUCAGGACAAACAACUUUUUGGAAGGUAAUAAUAAUACAAAUACAAAGGCGGGUAAGCAGUCCCUGGGGAUCUACAGAUUGAUCCCAGAGCUGUUCCGAGAGGCGAGUCUGUUGCCUCUACAGUCGCGACUGAUUCAGGAGGGACCACUCGGGGCGUAUGUUCGCAAAUCUUCCACAUCUCGUCAAGAGGAGAUCCUCGACGUAUGGCGAAGAUACAAGGAUGGAGAUCUCUCCCUGACCCAAGUACUUUCACAAUGUUCUGUUGUUCAUGGACCAAUAUUGUGAAGAGGAUGAUGAUGAUGAUGAUGACGAUGGACAUGCCACAAAACUGUAUAU